AAUACCCAGCACUUCUCCCAGGUCAAUCCACUCCAUAUGCAUCUCAGGCGGGAAUGGACCCAGGCUGCCCUUCGCCAUAGUCAAACACCGUAUUCUUAUAUUGGGGCCUCCUCUGGUGAUGCUCGUUGGCGACUUGGUCCAAACUAACUGCCAAUUCAGAUGGGGUCCAUGUUUCAAGCUUUCAAACGGAAGGCCGGGCUUCGUGCAUUGGCCGGAACUAUAAGAAGUUAUGCCAAGGAAGGAAAGUUAGCUGUCACUGACAUGCGGCCACGACUGGAUUACAACCCAAGAUGCCAAGCCACUUGGGCUAUAUUGAGUCAAAUGGUGGCGUCGCAUAUGCGUACGGUAUUCUCUAUUCCACAGCAUCGCAAAUAUAUGCGUUCUAGAUAUCCUUCUAAACCGUGGCUUGCUGAAGCUGCGGCACCAGAGAUGGAAAACUUGCAGAGCCUUCGAUCAGGAUUCGUAUUGCGAACACUAGAGGACGUGGCUAGCAGCAGCAUGAUCAACCUUGGAGAGAGGCAAGCGUAUGACUUGUGCUCCUGUUAGGAAAUUCAAUUUUCCGCCCCACGCCAGCCAUGGUCAUUACAUCAGGUUCUGAUUUUAUCGAGUCCUCAUUCUCGACAAAAGCGGGUGCAGGAUGCUCUUGAUUGCCUACCC